UGAAGACCAAGUAGCUGCAGGAUGAAAACAUGGCUGCACCCCUUCUUGCACCGCCAGGACCUGAUAGCUUCAAGAAGUUUACCCCGGAAUCUUUGGCGACCCUCGAGCAGCGCAUCAAUGAGGAGAAAAACAAGAAGCCGCCCAAGCCGGACAACAGCUACCGAGACGACGAUGACGAGAACAAACCCAAGCCCAACAGCGACCUGGAGGCUGGGAGGAGUCUGCCCUACAUCUAUGGGGACAUCCCUAAAGGACUGGUGGCGGUACCACUGGAGGACCUGGACCCAUACUACGUGAACUCUCAGAAAACAUUUAUAGUGCUAAAUAGAGGGAAGACAAUCUUCCGUUUUAGUGCCAACCCUGCCUUGUACUUCAUAAGUCCUUUUAAUCUGGUUAGGCGAAUAGCUAUUAAAAUUUUGAUACAUUCUCUUUUCAGCAUGAUCAUUAUGUGUACUAUUUUGACCAACUGUAUAUUCAUGACCUUUAGUGAUCCUCCUGAGUGGUCCAAACAAGUAGAGUAUACAUUCACGGGGAUUUAUACAUUUGAGUCGCUUGUAAAAAUCUGCGCACGAGGAUUCUGUAUAGACGGGUUUACUUUCCUCAGAGAUCCAUGGAACUGGCUGGAUUUCAUGGUCAUUUCGAUGGCAUAUAUAACAGAGUUUGUGGACCUGGGCAAUGUAUCUGCGCUGAGAACAUUCAGAGUUCUCCGAGCAUUGAAAACUAUCUCUGUCAUUCCAGGCCUGAAGACCAUUGUGGGCGCCCUGAUCCAGUCUGUGAAGAAGCUUUCGGAUGUGAUGAUCCUGACAGUCUUCUGCCUGAGCGUCUUUGCCCUCAUUGGUCUUCAGCUCUUCAUGGGCAACCUGCGCCACAAGUGUGUGUUCUGGCCAGUCAACAUCACCGAGAGCCACCUGGCCAACGGCAGCAAGGGCUUUGACUGGGACGAGUACAUCAUGAACAACACCAAUUUCUACUUCCUCCCUGGCCAACUGGAUGCUCUUCUCUGUGGGAACAGCUCAGACUCUGGCCGCUGCCCGGAGGGCUACACAUGCAUGAAAGCUGGGAGGAAUCCAAACUACGGCUACACCAGCUUUGACAGCUUCGGCUGGGCCUUCCUUGCUCUCUUCCGACUCAUGACACAGGACUUCUGGGAAAACCUUUACAUGCUGACGCUGAGGGCCGCAGGGAAGACCUACAUGAUCUUCUUUGUGCUGGUGAUCUUUGUGGGUUCCUUCUACUUGGUGAAUCUGAUUCUGGCUGUGGUGGCCAUGGCUUACGAAGAGCAGAAUCAGGCUACCAUGGAAGAGGCCCUGCGGAAGGAGGAGGAAUUCAAGGCCAUGUUGGACCAGCUUAAGAGACAGCAGGAGGACGCUCAGGUCAGCCCUUCUGAUGUGGAGGACGACGGAGGAGGGCGACUGUCGUGUAGUUCAUCCGAGAUGUCAAAGCUAAGCUCCAAGAGUGCCAAAGAGCGGCGCAAUCGUAAGAAGAAAUGGCGGCAGAAAGAGCAGGAGAAGGAGAAAGGCGACAGUGAGAAGUUUGUCAAAUCCGAGUCAGAUGAUGGCAGCAAGAGGAGCCGCUUCCGUUUUCCUGAUAAUCGCCUGGGUCGAAAGUCUUCCAUUAUGAACCAGUCCCUCCUCAGUAUUCCCGGCUCGCCUUUCCUGUCCCGCCACAACAGCAAGAGCAGCAUCUUCAGUUUCAAGGGCCGUAACAAGGAUGUGGGAUCAGAGAACGAAUUUGCCGACGACGAACACAGCACAGUGGAGGAGUGCGAGGAGCGACGGGGCUCCCUGUUCAGCCCUUAUCGAAGGAACAGCUACAGCGGCUUUCAUGGGAAGAGGAACAGCACGGUGGAUUGCAACGGCGUGGUGUCACUCAUCGGUCCUGGGCCGGGUGGACGCCUUCUGCCUGAGGUGAAAAUAGAUAAGGCAGCUACUGACGACAGUCCAACUACUGAGGUUGAGGUGAAGAAGAAGCUGUCGGGCUCCCUGAUGGUGUCUGUGGACCAGCUCAAUACCUCCUUUGGGCGGAAAGAGCGGGCCAACAGUGUCAUGAGCGUCAUUACCAACACACUAGUGGAGGAACUGGAGGAGUCUCAGCGCAAGUGUCCACCAUGCUGGUAUAAGUUUUCUAACACAUUCCUGAUCUGGGAGUGCUCCCCCAACUGGAUUAAGAUCAAGGAGAUAGUGAACCUGAUUGUCAUGGACCCCUUCGUGGACUUAGCCAUCACCAUCUGUAUUGUCCUCAACACCCUCUUCAUGGCGAUGGAGCACUACCCUAUGACCCCGGACUUUGAACACAUGCUGUCUGUGGGCAAUCUGGUGUUCACGGGGAUCUUUGCAGGAGAGAUGCUUUUUAAGCUGGUUGCCAUGGAUCCGUACUACUACUUUCAAGAGGCCUGGAACUGUUUCGAUGGUUUCAUUGUUACUCUGAGUUUAGUGGAGCUGGCUCUGGCUGACGUAGAAGGCCUCUCUGUCCUGCGGUCAUUCCGAUUGCUGAGAGUGUUUAAGCUGGCGAAGUCAUGGCCUACCCUCAACAUGCUGAUCAAGAUCAUCGGUAACUCUGUUGGAGCCUUGGGGAAUCUGACUCUGGUGUUGGCCAUCAUCGUCUUCAUCUUUGCUGUGGUGGGCAUGCAGCUGUUCGGCAAGAGCUACAAAGACUGUGUGUGUAAAAUUGCUAUCGACUGUGAGCUUCCCCGCUGGCACAUGAACGACUUCUUCCACUCCUUCCUGAUCGUCUUCCGGGUGCUGUGCGGUGAAUGGAUUGAGACAAUGUGGGACUGCAUGGAGGUGGCAGGUCAGGGCAUGUGCCUCAUCGUCUUCAUGAUGGUCAUGGUCAUCGGUAACCUUGUGGUGUUGAACCUGUUCCUUGCCUUGUUGCUGAGCUCAUUCAGUGCUGACAACUUGGCUGCUACAGAUGACGAUGGUGAACCUAACAACCUGCAGAUUUCCGUCAUGCGCAUCAAGAUAGGCAUAGCAUGGAUAAAAGCAAAGAUGCGGAUACUGGUUGCCAAUCUGCUGAGAAAACCACUGGUGGAGGAUGAACAGAAGCCUUUAGACGACAUGUAUGACAAGAAGCUGAACUGCAUUGCUAACCACACCGGGGUAGACAUCAACCGUGACCUGGACUAUGCCAAGAAUGGUAAUGGUACCACCAGUGGUAUUGGCAGCAGCGUGGGCAAGUACAUGAUUGACGAGGAGCACAUGUCAUUCAUCCACAACCCCAACCUGACUGUCUGCGUGCCCAUAGCAGUGGGAGAGUCUGACUUUGAGAAUCUCAACACUGAGGACUUCAGCAGCGAGUCAGAAAAUGAGAACAGCAAAGAGCUGGACGACACCAGUUCGUCCGAGGGCAGCACCAUUGACAUCAAGCCAGAUGUAGAGGAGGUGGUGGUGGUGGAGACGGUGGAAGAGUACUUGGAACCAGAGGCCUGUUGGACAGAUGCAUGUGUGGCUAAAUACAAGUGCUGCGAUGUCGAUAUCACUUUUGGCUGGUGGAAGCUCUGGUGGUUCCUGAGGAAAACUUGCUACCUGAUUGUGGAGCACAACUGGUUUGAGACCCUCAUCAUCUUCAUGAUCCUCCUCAGUAGUGGUGCCCUGGCGUUUGAGGACGUGUACAUCGAGCAGAGGAAAACCAUUAAGAUCAUUUUGGAGUAUGCUGACAGGGUUUUCACCUACAUCUUCAUUCUGGAGAUGUUGCUGAAAUGGGUUGCCUACGGCUUUGUCAAGUAUUUUACCAAUGCCUGGUGUUGGCUGGACUUCUUCAUUGUGGAUGUGUCUAUAGUCAGCCUUGUAGCUAAUGCGCUGGGCUACUCCGAUCUAGGGCCCAUUAAAUCACUCAGGACACUAAGGGCCUUGAGACCCCUCAGAGCCUUGUCACGUUUUGAAGGGAUGAGGGUGGUAGUCAACGCCUUGGUGGGUGCCAUCCCUUCCAUUAUGAAUGUGUUGCUGGUUUGCCUCAUCUUUUGGCUGAUUUUCAGUAUCAUGGGGGUCAACUUGUUUGCGGGAAAGUACUACUACUGUUUCAAUGAGACUUCAGAGGAAUACUUUCCCGUCGAAGAAGUCAACAACAAGACCCAGUGCGUGGCCCUCAUGCAACAAAACUAUACGGAGGUCAGGUGGAAGAAUGUCAAGAUCAACUUUGACAAUGUGGGCGCUGGUUACCUGGCCCUGUUGCAAGUGGCCACAUUCAAAGGCUGGAUGGACAUUAUGUAUGCUGCUGUGGAUUCAAGAAAUGUGGAAGACCAGCCUGACUAUGAAGUCAACAUCUACAUGUACAUCUAUUUUGUUGUAUUCAUCAUAUUCGGCUCCUUCUUCACCCUGAACCUCUUCAUUGGUGUGAUCAUUGAUAACUUCAACCAGCAAAAGAAAAAGUUUGGAGGUCAGGAUAUCUUCAUGACAGAAGAACAGAAAAAGUAUUACAAUGCCAUGAAAAAACUGGGCUCUAAAAAGCCACAAAAACCGAUUCCUCGACCACAGAACAAGGUCCAGGGCAUGGUGUUUGACUUUGUGACGCAGCAAGUCUUUGACAUCUCCAUCAUGAUACUCAUCUGCCUCAACAUGGUCACCAUGAUGGUGGAAACAGACGAUCAGUCGGAUGAAACGGAGAACGUCCUCUACUGGGUCAACUUCAUCUUCAUUGUAGUCUUCACCACCGAGUUCCUGCUGAAGCUCUUUGCCCUCCGCCACUAUUACUUCACCAAUGGCUGGAACAUCUUUGACGUGGUCGUGGUCAUCCUUUCUAUUGUUGGCAUGUUUCUGGCUGACCUGAUAGAAAAGUACUUUGUGUCACCGACCUUGUUCAGGGUCAUCCGGCUGGCUCGUAUUGGUCGUAUCCUCCGCCUGAUCAAAGGUGCUAAAGGCAUACGGACUUUACUAUUUGCUCUGAUGAUGUCACUGCCUGCCUUGUUCAACAUCGGUUUACUGCUCUUCCUGGUCAUGUUUAUCUUCUCCAUCUUUGGUAUGUCUAACUUUGGCUACGUAAAACAUGGAGCGGGAAUUGACGACCUCUACAACUUUGAGACCUUUGGCAACAGCAUGAUAAUUCUGUUCAUGAUCACCACGUCAGCUGGAUGGGAUGGCUUGCUACUGCCAAUCCUCAACUACCCACCUGACUGCAACCCUAAUUUUGAGAACCCUGGUACAACUGUGAAGGGCGACUGUGGCAACCCAUCAGUAGGAAUCUUCUUUUUUGUCAUGUACAUCAUCAUUUCUUUCCUGAUUGUCGUCAACAUGUACAUUGCCAUCAUCCUGGAGAACUUCAGUGUGGCCACAGAGGAAAGUGCUGAUCCAUUGAGUGAGGAUGACUUCGAGACCUUCUAUGAGAUCUGGGAGAAGUUCGACCCCACAGCCUCUCAGUUCAUCACUUUUGCCAAACUGUCGGACUUUGCUGACACACUGGAGCAUCCACUUCGUGUGCCAAAGCCCAACACUAUAGAACUAAUUGCCAUGGACCUGCCCAUGGUGAGUGGUGAUCGCAUUCACUGCCUCGACAUCCUGUUUGCCUUCACAAAGCGAGUGCUGGGUGACAGUGGUGAGUUGGACAUGCUGAGGCAACAGAUGGAGGAGCGUUUUGUGGCAGCCAACCCCUCCAAGGUGUCUUAUGAACCCAUCACCACCACUCUCCGCCGCAAACAGGAGGAUGUCUCUGCCAGAACUAUCCAGAAUGCCUACCGUGCACACCUCAUCAGGCGAGGCAUCAUCUUCAAGCGCCACUUUGCUAACAAUAGGCUUGAGAACGGAGGGACCAACCAAGAGAAGAAGGGGAGCACACCAUCCACUGCCUCUCUCCCCUCUUAUGACAGCGUGACCAAACCCGACAAGGAGAAGCAGGACGACAACAAGGAAGAGUGGGCCAGGAAAGAGAAGGACAAAAACCAAAAAGAUGAGUGGGAAUCUAAGUGUUAGGAUUCAGUGACUCAAAAUCCAAUGAAACAGUGAGAUGAGACUCUGAGCCCAAACCCAACAAAUGUAGAAAGUGAUCAUUUGCAAGAAUCAUGAAACAAACAAAACAAAAACAUACAAAAAAAAUGUUUACAGACUCAAACACUACUGAGGCAAUGUGGUUUUUUUUAUGUCGUCAAAGAGAGCUGAACCAAACACAAUCAGUUUACCACGGAAGUUUGCUGCAUAGUGACCAAGUUAUUAGAAAUGAAAAACAAAUAACAAAAAAAAAAAAAAACACACACAAAAAAAAACAAUGACUCACAAUGUGAUGGCAAAUGACACACAUUUCUUUUGGGACCAACUUCCAAGGCACAGGAAUCUCUGCUGAUGAUUGGAGAAUUGCAAAAUCCCUGCCACCACCUUGCGUGGACCCCUGCAGCAAAGCUCCAAUGCUGCCGGACCGGAUCGUACAGAUCCCACUAGAACUGUAUAAGCAGUCUAAAGGAGCGCCUGUAACUCUGCGUUUACCAUCUUCAACAAGAAGAAAACAAUAAUCUACCAAGCAAGUUUACCUAGGAAAGGAACACUAACAAGGGAGGGGGGGAAACAAGAACAGUAGACAAAUAUUUUUUGUUUGUUUGUGCUGAGUGUACUUGCAUCUUUACAUUAUUUGAGCAGCAAAAAAAAAACAUUUAGCCCAUGUCACUAGUCUUUUCAUCUCCUCUUUGUUAUACUGACAUUGAAAAAAGACGUUUUCUACAUGGACUUUCACACUGACCGGGUAGGGGUCAUUAGUCAUUGUUUUGACUUGGGCUGAAGGAGACUCGCUCAGACCGAGUUCAAGAUAAAUAACAAUUAUUGUGCUCGUUCAGUGCAUAGAAAUGACUUGCAUGAAGGCAUGUUUUGAUCAGGAAUCAUGCAUGAGUAAUCAUAGUCCACAAGACACUUAUUCUCAGACCACUGCAGUGGCUUGAUUAUAGUUUGAGGUUGUCCACUGGGGAAAGUACGGGAACUAUAAGUGAAGAUUUUAGAUAGUUAUACAUUGAAUAUUGGGUGAAUCGUAUUAGUAUGAUCCUGCCCUUCACUAAUUAUGCUUUUUAACUGACAGACUUUUUUCAGUCAACCCUUCAUUGAGAUUUCAGUUGAAGGAUGUAAGCACUCAGAGGCAAAGUCUCAGCUGGGUCAGCCAACAACACAAACAAAAAAAUCGUUUUUUGCUGCUCUGAAUGUUAGAAGUGUAAAGAGAGUGUGGAGUGUUUGAGUGUUACUAAGCAGAUUAUCCUCAUGUUGAGGUUGCACAGAUUUGGAGGACAAAAAACAGUUGUCCUGAUCAAAAUCUGGGGCUUUCAUAACUUUGUUUACUUACAUCCAUCAUAUUGUCAUUUUUCUAAAUUGCCUGUGGUCCCUGUUAUGGCAAUGAGGGCAGGUGAUAGUUCAUGCCAAGGAAUUCAUAUCCGGCACCCGAAAAGUCUGGUGUGCUUGUGCAUUACACGGUAACACCUCUACUGCUGUAGUACCUGGAGAAGGGUCAGAGAUGUGGUUAUAGUUUAGAUUCUUUUUUCUUUUUUUUUUUUUACACAAUUUGUGUUAUUUUUGGGCUAGUGGAAGAACUGAAACUCCAUAGAAGUAGAAACAUUGGACAGCUUUUUUAUCAAUUUAUUCAUUUCAAAUUCCUCUUUUGUACUCUGUCAGACGAACAUCAGAAUUACCCAGUGAAUGAUGUCUUAGGUAGUGCUUUUUUGGACAAUUUGAGUUGCCAGCUUUAGAAAAAAGCCUUGAAGUCCUUCUCUGAUGUCCUUGUGGUGCAAUCAUUCUCAGAAAAGGCUUUGAUCAGUGAGAGUUGACACUGACCGUCUGACAGCAAAAUUAGCAGAGAAUUAUCACAAGGACAUGCCUUGUCGUGCCUCGCAUGUAUGGAAUGGACAUGAAGGGCUCGCAGUUUUGGGAACUUGAUAAAUGAAAUGGAUUUUGUCUGAUGUUUCAGGGAGGUGGAUGGCUGAUGAAUAACACAAUAUAAACGUGGACCAAUAAAUAAGUAGAGCCCCUCCCUUCAGGGUUUUAGACUGACUGCCAUGAGAACAAGAGAGAAAUUGAAGAGCAGAAGAGGAGAGAAGUGCUUUGGUCUGAGUCAGAGUGCUGAAAGUCCCAUGUUUGUCAGUGUAUCAUUGUGCUUUUGUGGGAAACCUCUUGAACACUGUGUGGUGUUGGACCCAGCCUUGCACCAUCUUUUCACAUACUUGCAGGCUUUCAAGUACUACCACCUGCUUCAAAAAAUAAUUAACCAGAGAUUGAGGUAGAAACGUGAACACUUGACCAGAUUAAACAUCAGCAGGCCUCACAUUGACGCAGCUAUGUUGUAUAAUAAGCUUUGUGGGUGUUUUUCAUAAUAAAAAACUGAGGCUUUGUCAAGUGGUAGACAAGACACAACUGCCUCUUUGUGUGCUCCUGCCAUUUUUUUUCUACAGAGGAGUGAUGGUCCUAUUUGUAAGCGGAUGACUGGACAAACAAUCUGGCAUCCAUCUUCACACCACUAAUGCCAUUUGGUGUGUUUAACACUGCCUGUACCAGAACCCCCUGUCUGUAACAAUAACUGAGGUCUGUUUACAAUAUGAGGUCUCCGAAUCAGUUUGGCUGCUGCACACUGAAACCAAAUACAUUCCCAAUGAAAACCACAGCAGGAGUGAGUAAUGUCAUUCAAUUUACCCAUGUUCAUCUUGGAUGUAAUGUUUUAGAAUGAUACAUUUACACUUGGAAAAAAAAAACAAGCAAAAAAAAGACAAAAAAGAAAACACAAAAACAGAUAUAUGUACAGUGCAGGCUAUGAUGUAAAUGGCACAAUCGCUGAAAAAGAACAAACUUUUUGAGAGAAACUAUAAAUAGUGUAUUAUAUUUUAUUUUAUCGGCAUGCUUUGUUGUGUUUUUUUGUAAAUACGGAAUUUUAAAAAUGUUACUACUAAUAAUCAAAAAAAUGAAUAAUAAUAAUAUAGAAUGGCUUCCAGCUAUGCCCUUUGUCACAUUUGUUACCUUUUGGAUUUUUUGAGACACUUUUCACUUUGUUGACGGAAAAUGAAUGAAAUAUAGAUAUUAUAUAAUACAAAAGAUAUAUACAUGUAAACAUAUAUGUCUAUAUGUAUAUACAUAAAACAGAAGAACACUGUCACAUUUGAUUUAUGUGCAACACGUUCAGUAGAUGUCUGAAUACUGGUUGUUUCCAACAUCCUUCUAUGUUGGGGAAUAGCUCAUGUGCUAUGUUACUGGAGCUGCUUGCCAUGGAUUGUAGCCUGAUUAUGAAAGGAUAAUGUUACCAGCACAUUUCUCACUAACUGUCAUAUCUGUCACCUUCACUGAGUAUCCAGGACACACCCACAGUCACGGACACAAAUACACACACACACAUAGGUGACUCUCCUCACUACCCACCUACUGUACCAGUGAUCUCUUCCCCGAGGACGUCAGCUGGUGUGACUGACUUCCUCACCCAUCCUGAGAUGGCACCCACCCCAGGGCCUUUUCUUUCCCAUACCCACACAUCAGUGCCAUUACAGUUCAACUUGCAUACAAUCAUGUACUGGCUUUUUGUCCUCACAAUUUCUUACGUUGAAUGGUUGGUUUCUAGUGUUCCACUCAAUGGCAUGUGCCUUUUUUCUGCUUUUUCUGCGAAUUUGGAUGUUGAUGCCACACUGAAAACAACAAAAGAGCAAAAAAAAAAAACAACAAAAAAAAAAAAAAAAGAAACAAAAAAUAUGUUUCCAAACUGUGGAGGGUGGGGGUUUCGGGGGGUGAGCACAAUAUUAAUCAGGGAUGAUGAGUCAGAAAUACUGCCAGAGGAUCAUCCAGACAACCCACUUCAUCGUAAUAUUCAACAGUGUGUGAUGUUAACAGAAAAACAGCUAACUCAAAAAUGUCCUGUUCUUAGUGCUAUGUGUGUCACCCACUUGGCUUGUGAAAAGCAGCUUGCCUUCUAUAUUUCUGUUUGAUUUCUUCAAUACUUUCUGUUUCCAUCUGAAAUUUAUUUUUGUAUCAAUAUUUGAUUAUGGGAAUCAUUCUUUUUUUUUUUUUUAGCAUGGUUUAUUAUGGGCGUUUUUUCUUUUUCGCUGACAAAUUUUAAAGUGCUUUUCAAACUGUUGUUAUCAUUUGACACCGUGAUAAAAGAGGAUAUACAGUACAUAAUGAUGGUGUGUUGCACAACCACUUGGACUUUGGUAAGAAUAUAUGAAAGAUUGUCUUCAUUUGAGCACGAACCUUUUUAUUACCAAUAAAGCAGCCUUCCAGUUACAA